GUUUCAUACAGACUCCCUCACAAUCACCCAGUUCUCCCACAAAAUCAUAGAUAGAUACAUCAGAGCAUCCCGAUGUCACGUCACGGCCCUCCCCUCAGCAUGCCCACCUCUGCUUCGGGCAUCUCGCUCGAUCCUCAAUCGUUGGAGAGGGUCAUCGCGGGGACACGGCGGAAGGACGGCUCCAUUCGGAAAGAACUCAAAGUCCGUCCGGGGUUCACCCCCGAGGAAGACAAGGCCCGCUACAAGUCUACCGGUGCUCGGGAGACGAGUCGACUCAAGGGCUACGUCCCUGGAGCUACCUCACAAUCAUCGGCGACGUUUGGGAAACAGGAAGCUCCGGGACCUGGGGAUUUCCCAGCACUAGGUGCGAUGACGGCGGCUCAGAAGAAGAACGCAAAGAGGCGGGACAAGAAGAAGAUGGAAAAGGAGGCUGAGGAUGCGAAAGGCUGGGAUUCCGAGGAGGAGGAUCAGGUCGGGGCGAGCCAGGGAGGUGCUAGUACUGGAGCAACACAGGAGGGUAAAUCCGGGGCGAGCGAAACGCCAGCGGAAGAUCCCAACGCCGAUCCGAAACAGGCUCUCCGGCACUUGAUCCAGCAGAGCGUCUCUGCCAACCCUGUCGCUCCUCCACCACGGCCCAUACAAUCUACUUCGACUACACCUUCCUCUUCUUCCUCGAAAGCGAACUGGAGACCGGCGGCUACACCACCAUCCGCGGUCAAGGAGAAGAAGGAUCCUCGUCCGGGCGGCUUGUUCGCAGCCGCCUUGAAGGGAUCGACAUCCAGGGAGGGGUUGGCUGGGAGUGACGAGUCGGACUCGACACUAUCCAGAGGGAUGGACAGGUUGGAAGUCGGCUCGAGGGACGACAAGCAAGAGUCAUCGUCCGGCGAGGUGAAAGGUGGAGCGGCUUCGUCAUCCACCCCUACCUCCGCCAUCGCUCCUGCGCCGUCUCAACCUCAAACUCGAAAACAAAACCCUGCCAAACCUACUCCACCCGGCUCUCGCCCCGGUGAUACAUCCGACGCCGCCUCCAAUUCGAAGCCGGGCAACAAGAAACCAUCGCCCGCAAAUAAAUCCUCAUCGACAGGCUCGCCGGCCCGGCAACGCUCUGAAGUCAGGGUGAGACCGGGAGGAGGGCUGGGAGGGUUGAUGAAACAGAUUGCUGAGCAGAAUGGGGCCAAGUGAGGUGAUGAAGUUUACUAUGAGGGGAAGGAGGAGGGUCAAUCAGGACCUGAUCUGGGGGAGAUCUGGAGAACCAGUUGACCAAUCGACGAAGAGGAAAGGAAGGAAGGACUGUCGAGCAGUUUA